UGUAGCCUUUGUGAAGAUGCUAAAGCAGCGAUUGAAAGUGUACGCAAGGAUCAUAAAUUUGAUCUGGACUAUUACAAUAUAAAAGAUGAUAGUUUGAAAGAUGUAGAAUACUGGCGAAAGCUAUAUCAAUACGACAUCCCAGUCUUGCAUCUCGACGAAGAGGAGAUAAUGAGGCAUAGAAUAAACGUAGAUAAGCUAUCUAGUAUAUUGAAGGAUAAUUGAGUUUAUACGCACCUUAUAAUGCUACAAUCACGAAGACUACUUUAUAACUAUAAUAAAUUGUCAUUUGAUAGCACUGUAGACAAAAAAAUACAAAAUUAUAGAUUUCUGAAUGCAGCUCAAUUAAAGAAAUUGUCUAAUAGGCCAACAAAGUGUAAACUACUAGCUAGAGACUUCAUAGAUGACAGUUUAUACAAUAGUCAUUACGGCUAUUUUAAUAAAACUGUUAGUAUUCUCAAUUAUGAGUCGAUAAACUUCAACAAGAUAAAAAAUGACAGCGAUCUACAAACUAGAUUGGCAGAUCAGUCGCAAGACAGGGAAUGGCAUACACCAACUGAGCUCUUCAAUCCUCAUUAUGGUAUGUCUAUAGCUAAUUAUAUUGCCAACAAAUACCUAGUACAUUACUAUCCUUAUCAUGAUCUCAACAUCUACGAAAUCGGUGCUGGUAAUGGUACUUUAAUGCUUAACAUAUUAGAUUACUUAAAGGAUAAUCAUAAGGAAAUCUAUCAACGCACCCAUUAUAACAUUAUAGAAAUUUCAACCAAAUUGUCAAACAUACAAAAGAAACUAAUCAAUAGACAUUCGAGGAACGUUCACAUUAUCAAUAAAUCAGUAUUCGAUUAUCAAACCGUUCAACAUGAACCUUGUUUCUUUAUUGCAAUGGAAGUGUUGGAUAAUUUGGCACACGAUGUUGUGAGAUAUUCAUUGGAAACACAUGAACCAAAUCCAUAUCAAAUGGUUGUAGCUGUUGAUGAAGAAGGGGACUUCCAUUCACUGUAUACACCAGUUGACGACCCACUUAUUAAACGAUAUUUGAAUUUACGAAAAAAUCUGCCUUCAUUUAAGCCCUCACUAUGGACGCAUUCGCCAAUCCUUCGUAAAUUAAGAAAAGCUAUACCUUUCUCACCAAAUUUAAGUAAAGAAGAGUUUUUACCGACGAAACAACUAAUGUUUUUGGAUAAAUUAUCAAGCACUUUCCCUAACCAUCAUCUCAUAGCAUCAGAUUUUCACUCACUACCUGAAUCAAUACCUGGAAUUAAUUCUCCAGUCGUACAGACGCGUUUGAAUGGUGAAAUGAUACCUGUUGAUACUUUCUUAGUACAGCCUGGUUACUUUGAUAUAUUCUUUCCUACAGAUUUCGGUUUAUUGGCAGAAUUAUACAACAAAGUGAUGGAUAGGGAAACUUUCUUCACUCCUAGACAAAUCAAGAGAGAUGUAAAGGUACUCAGUCAUAAGGAAUUUGUCGAGAAUCACGCCGUUGAUAUCAAUAAAACAAUGUUAAAGGAUGGCAGUAAUCCUAUGUUAGAUUAUUACAAGAACGCUUCUUUUAUUUUAAGUUGACAUUAAGUUAUUUAAUUAAAUUUUAUUUGCUUUGAGAGCUAUGGACGGCGUUGACUCUGUUUUGAUAGGAUUGCGGUUGGGGCUGCCUCCUUGAACCUAUCCUGCUAUCUUCUUGAGUGCCAAAGCCUGGUAUUCUGAUGUUGUAAUUGCGUUCAAUGCAAUUGAAGAUCUCUUACUUCGAGAGUAUCACCUCUGCGAUGCUUUGCGAGCAUACACCCAAAGUUCGUGACACUUUCGAUGAAUUCAUCUGCGAUUUCAAGCAUAAGAUCCUCUACUUCAGGAUCUAAAGUCUCUGAAGGGUCGACAGUUUCGACGAGUUCUUGUAUUUUACGUUUACCAAGCAAUCUAUUACUGUCAUUUUCCAGUAGAGACUUUGGAUCUAUCUUGCCUGCGUUGGCCAUACCAACCAAUUCAUCAAAGUUUGAGGGUAAAUUCCCCCUUUGUAAUGUUGACGGUUGGCCCAAAAUAGGGCCACUAGCUAAGCCUGAGUUGAGCGUUGGCCUAGAACCCUGUUGAUUAGGGAAAGGCUCAGCCUGGAAGUUCAUAUUUGGUGCUUUUUCGUUUACUGGGAGAGAUUGGUUAUUGUUGUUAGCGAGCUGAGCUUGAAUUGCAGCUGCCAUGCUAGAUUGUGAGCCAGCAGCACCUUGUUGCCCUGGAACAGCAGAUGGUGGGGGUGUUGCGAUACCAGCCAUGCUACCGAGGGCUGGUGAUGCGGUGCGCGGGAUAGGUGUGCCUCCCCGACCGUUUGGAUUUGGUGUACCUGCACUGCUUCUCAAUGCUGGGCUUGCACUUCUCUGCUGCUGCAUUGCCUGAGCUUGGGCUUGGGCGACGGUGGCAUUUCUGUUGAGCUGGUUGCGCUGGUCUUGUCUGGCUUUCUGCUGCUCAUGUAAACGCGCCAAACCACGCAAUUGAUUCAUCUGUUCUGGGUUGAGCAAUCCUCUCCUCGCCAACUCCAAUAAAGCGGGAAGCUGCUGUAUCAUACUCUGCAUAUUGUGCAUCAUCUGGUUCUGCUGUGGAUUUUGCGGAGGCUGUUGCUGAGGUGCACCCGUGGCUGCUGGUUGGUUGGGCUGGACAGCUGCCGCGGCGGCUUGCUGUUGUUGUGCUGCCUGAGCACGUUGAUUUGCCAUAUGGCGCUGUAUCAUUAUCAUUUGAUCAGGCGUUAAAUUCUGUAGGUUUUGCUGAUUAUUAGAAGCCAUCUUGACUGUCGGUGAUGGCAGUUGAU